AGGAGAAGGAGAGCGACGCGGGAUCCUCGAGUAGAGGGUCAUGUGGGUGCUUCCUGGGAUGUAGUGGGUUCGAUCGGCUGAGAGACAUAGUAAAGUAGUAAAGUGUGUGAGAAAGUGUGUGUGAAACAAAGAAAGCACAGUGAGAGGAGGAGGCGAGGCUGAAGGAGAAAAAUGAGGAGUCCACAUGUGACUGCAGCAGGACGGAGUUGGUGUUUUUUAAAGUGUGUGUAGAAGAAGAGAAGGGGGUGGGUGACCGAGAGAGUGAGUAGCCUUCCCUCUGUCCCCGCAGCAGGGCUGAACGCGGGCCAGGAAAAGGGGGACGGACCUCCCUGUCCUCAGUUCCAGCUGACAAAAACAUCUGCCCCAGUGCUGGAGCCUGCUUAGAGGACAGAAAGACAAAGAGAGAGGAGGAGAAAAUAAAAGGGUCCAGAGUCCAGGACCCCCCGUCCAUCUUUAUGGGUUGCGUCCUGAGUACGGACUGGUGUGGGGAGGACGAGGUGCAACCGGUGGCGGUGGUCAGGAGCUCGUCCCUGAAGAGAAGGAGUCUGGAGAGGAGCGAGAGCGGCAGGAUGAGGCUGACCAAGGGGGGGAAGGGAGAGCCCCACGUCUUCAAGGAAAAGACCUUCAAGAAGAAGCGGCAGUGCAGUGUGUGCCGACAGAACGUGGACAACGUCGGCUCCUUCUGCAGAGUAUGCAAGACAGCCACCCACAGGAAGUGUGAGGCCAAGGUGACCUCAGCGUGCAUCCCGGCCCCCGCCAAUGAUCUGCAGCGUAGAGGGACUGCUCCGUCCCGACACAUCCAGCACCUGGGGUCCACCAAGUCGCUGACCUAUACCAAACAGAGAAACACCCUGCCAAGGAGCUUCAGCGUGGACCGCGUGAUGGAGAGAGUGAUGGAGCGCAACUACGACUUCGACCUGACCUACAUCACCGAGAGGAUCAUCUCCGUGUUCUUCCCCCCGAAGCUGGAGGAGCAAAGGUACCGCCUCAACCUGAAGGAGGUGGCCGCCAUGCUCAAGUCCAAACACCAGGACAAGUUUCUGCUCCUGAACCUCUCAGAGAGGCGCCACGAUAUCAAUCGCUUAAAUACAAAGGUCCACGACUUCGGCUGGCCCGACCUCCACGCCCCGCCGCUGGAUAAGAUCUGUGCCAUAUGCAAGGCCAUGGAGACGUGGCUGUCCUCUGACCCCCAGCACGUGGUGGUCCUGCACUGCAAGGGCCACAAAGGUAAAACGGGCGUGAUUAUUGCAGCCUACAUGCACUACAGCAAGAUCUCUGCAGGGGCAGACCAGGCUCUCAGUACUCUGGCCAUGAGGAAGUUCUGUGAAGAUAAGGUGUCCUCUUCCCUCCAGCCAUCCCAAAACAGGUAUAUCUACUACUUUGGAGGCCUUCUGUCCGGGGCGAUCAAGAUGAACAGCAGCCCUCUCUUCCUCCACCAAGUUCUUAUCCCAUCACUCCCCAACUUCCAGGGUGAAGGAGGUUACUACCCCUUCAUGAAGAUCUACCAGUCCAUGCAGCUGGUCUACACCUCAGGCAUAUAUGACCUUCAGGGCACCGGAGGCAGGCGGCUGUGUGUGACCAUCGAACCGGCGCUGCUGCUGAAGGGUGACAUCAUGGUCAAAUGCUACCACAGGCGAGCCCAGAGCGCUGACAGAGACACCGUGUUCAGGUUGCAGUUCCACACCUGCACCAUCCACGGAUCCCAGCUUUGGUUCGGCAAAGGGGAGUUGGACGAAGCUUGUACUGAUGAGCGUUUUCCGUCUGAUGCCACAGUUGAGUUUGUCUUCUCCUCUGGACCUGAGAAAAUCAAAGGUCGCGAGUACCAGAAGAACGACCCGGCCGUCACAGUCGACUACAACACUGCCGACCCUGUGGUCCGCUGGGAUUCCUAUGAGAACUUUAACCAGCGAUACCAGGACAGCCUGGAGGUAGACAUCGCCCACACCAGAGGUCCUGUAGAUGGCAGCCUAUACGCUCAGAUAAAGAAGCGCAGAGGUCCCGGAUCUGGUUCUCUCACUUCAACCAAUGGCAGCAGCCCAGCGGCAGGCCCUGAGGAAGACAGGCCAGAUCAUGUCAUCGCCCACGGUUCUGACUCCGCCCUCUCGGCCCAUUCCGUCCAUUUGAACCAAUCAUUCGUCCAUCCAGAGCGCCAGGAGGAUCCCAUCCGCCCGCUGCCCCCGACCAGGCAGGAGAGAGAGGACCUCGACCGUCUCCUCGGAGGCAUAGAGGGAAACCGGGAUGGAGAGCGGGAGACGGCCAUCUUGGACGACGGCGAUUCUUUGCCAUCCGAGAGAAGUGGGACGCUGAGGCUCGGCCGGUCCUGCUCCUGCCGGACUGGGUACCGGUCCCAGCGCUGCGCCGAGCCUGGCUGCGACCGCACCCUCCUUAUGCCCAAUGGCUACUGCCUCGACCGGGCUCCCGGCACCAAUGGGCACCACGGGGCGACCCCUUCUGCCAGCCCCAACCCAGCUUCUCCUCCGUCACACAUGGAUCUGUGCCAGCACUACAGCCCCCACUCCCACCAGUCCCUUCCACCUCCAGAUCUGGUGUGGGACCGCCAGAGUGGCCCGCAACACUACCUGCAACGCUCCUGCUCGGAGGCUCCCUCAUCUCGACAUAUCUGCCCCUACCCAUCCUCAGACCCCCACUCUCACAACCACCCGCAUCACCACCCUCUGUCCGCCCUGGGUCGCAUCUGCUGUCGAGAGGACGACUACGGCCCCUAUCACCACCCUCCUCCACCUCACAGCCACCAACAUCCCCACCCGCACCACCCCAAACCCUCCACCAGCCCCACCUACCACGAUAUAAUGCUAAUGGAUGGCCCGCCCCCCACUGGCUGCCCUUGCAGAGACUGCAGCUUCAGGAGAGACGAGGUGGCCUAUCACAGCCUGAGGCUGGACCAAGGUGACGGCUUCCACUGGGACAGAGAGGCGGAGCUUCAGCAGAGGGAGGUGGGGCUCAGGAGAGCCAGGGAGACAGAGUUACCCAGAGGGUCAGAGCUCCACUGGGAGAGGGAUCCUGGGCUGAGACGAGGCAGAGAGAUGUCCCUCCACUGGGAGAGAGACAGGGAGGCCGAGCUGCACUGGGAGCGGGACAGAGAGGCUGAAUAUUGGCACAGGAGGGCCACCGUAGCCUCCUACGGCCCACAGGGCCACGAUCUUCCGGCCUUCACGUUUGACCCCUUGCCAUCAGGUCACCCGGCUUACCCGGAAGCGUCGCGGUCCCACGCUCAUUCCCACCUGGACCUGAAGUACAGCAGCAGCAGCAGCGGUUACCAGACGCCCCGCCAGGUGUGCCCCUGCUCUCCGUACCAGCCCUCGCCGUCUGAAAGCCGGGGCUACGCCUCGGGCUACCAGUCCGAGUCCACAUCCCCGCUUCCCCCGGCUUCCUCCAUGACGGGGCCCUGCAGCCAUAGCAACGGCCCAACAGAACACAACCACAGCCACAACCAUCACCAUCCAGACUCACAGCAGUCAUACAGCUCUGACUCACACACUGAUGGCCUCCGGAGCUCCGGCGAAAGUGGGGGCUGGAGGGAUCACAUCACCCACGGUUCCUUUAGGAGGGUCCACAGGGACGGCCACGCCGCAUGCUCCACGCCGUCCGACAUGUCCGGACCGUCCGGACCGUCCACCCCUGUCCACACCAGCAGCCCUCUACGCACACAGGAAAGCCCCAGUCCAGGAGGGAGGGAGUAUGAGAUCCGGACCACAGACCUCAUCGGCAGUGACUACGAGACUUCGGGGCCCCAGGACGGACACUAUCGCGCUGAUGUCAUCGCGCGGGAAUCCCCGGAGAGCCAAAGGAGCAGCACGGAGCCGCCGUCGGCCAAAGACACGCAACCACACACAACCACACCUGCGCAAACAGAGCCUCACAACCACUGCACUGCACCACCCGACCCGUCCCCUACAGUCCCCCAACAGCAGCACUGUUGCCCAAAUACACCGGCGGCUUCCACGACGCAGAACCCGCCUCCUUUUGAUUCCGUGACGCCGACCACGUCGACCCAGGGGCUCUGCCAGGCUCCCUCGUCCCCGAUGCGUGCUCCGUCCGCACCGGACACACGCUCCCAACCGGGCCCUCUCGCUCCCCAGACCCCCCAUCCCUCAGAGGCCGCUGCUCUGCCUUCCACUGUGGCACAGACGGGGCCCCAGCCUCAGGGCCAGACCCAAACCCAAGCCGCCGGAUCAACAAGACCAUCGCAGGUCACCGGAUCUUCUCCCACAGAGGAGCCUCACCCAGAAGCCGCAGUACCCGCGAUAACCCCCACCCACAACGCUACAUCUGCCCCAUCAUCUCCCUCCACAGCUUUAUCUUUAUCUGCCCAGCCGGCCCCCAGUAGUAUGGAGGGCUCCCCGGUCUCUGAUGCCCCAGUUCCUGGCUUUGCCACUUUGGGUAGGAGGCUGAUGUUGAGUGGGUCUGACCCCCAUCACCAGAACCACAUCCAGCAGCACGGGGCCCCACACCACCACUACCCGGGCGUAGAGCACAGCGCUGCCGGGCACACAUCGGCUCUGGACACCAACAAGAGGCCCUGCUACUCUGCUCACACUCCUCAGCUCUACCCGUCCUCCUACUCCAAUUACUCCACCAUCUCCAUCCCCCUUCCUCACCCCCAGCCGCCGCUGCCGGAGAAGCGCCACCCGCCCAAUCAGUCGGGUUCACCCAGCGACGGGGCGGGAACGCUUAAGCCGGCGGCGGGCCACGCAUUUCCCUCAGCCUCCGCCCAGCAUCAGCUCCAUGUCACGUUCUCUCCCACCGUGGGGGAAAUUGCACCCCCCGCAGGCAAAAACGACGGAGUAACACCUGCAGAGAGUGAGAACACGAAUAGGGUCAGCGUGAAGUUUGUCCAGGACAGUUCAAGGGUCUGGUACAAGCCUGGAAUCUCCAGAGAGCAAGCAAUCGCAGCUCUGAAGGAGAGAGAGCCCGGAACCUUCCUGAUCAGGGACAGUAACUCUUUCCAGGGGGCCUACGGCCUGGCCCUGAAGGUGGCUACACCUCCUCCCAAUGUCAACAACCACAGCGGCAAGGUGAGCGACCCUCUGGAGCAGCUGGUCAGACACUUCCUCAUAGAAACCGGCCCUCGAGGAGUCAAGAUUAAAGGGUGCCAGAACGAGCCCUACUUUGGGAGUCUGUCUGCAUUAGUCUACCAACACUCCAUCACGCCCAUCUCUUUGCCGUGCGCCCUUAAGAUCACAGAGAAAGAUCUGAUAGGAGAGGUGCCGGAGGUUCAGCCAGUGAAUAACGUCAGCACGGCUGCUGACCUGCUGAAACAAGGAGCAGCCUGUAACGUCCUCUACCUGAACUCGGUGGAAACAGAGUCUCUGACCGGCCCCCAGGCCAUCGCCAAGGCGACAGACGCUUCGUUGGGUCGUAGCCCGCGCCCCUCCGCCACUGUGGUCCAGUUCAAGGUGACGUCGCAGGGCAUCACGCUGACCGACAGCCAGCGCAGGGUUUUCUUCAGGAGACAUUACCCAGUGAGCAGUGUGACCUUCAGCAGCAUCGACCCCAAGGACAGGAGGUGGACUAACUCAGACAACACCGCCAUUAAGGUGUUCGGUUUCGUGGCCAAGAAGCCGGGCAGCUUGGCCGAGAAUGUUUGCCACCUGUUUGCCGAGUUGGACCCCGAACAGCCUGCCUCCGCCAUCGUCAACUUCAUCAACAAGGUCAUGUUGUCACAGCGCCGAUAGAGGGCGACAGAGAGCAGACAAACGGUGGCAACUGACACUGCUUAUAUUGUGCAGAAGUGGCCCAGUGCCAGUGUUUGUUGGGACUGUGACACUGCGACAUCUUGUCAAUCAGUUGGACCAUAGUCAGACCAUUUUGAAGGCAACUGAAAAUCUUGGUCCAUGAUCCCUACUGAUGCUUUUUCAUUUGUUCGUUUGUUCCACUCUCUGCUCCCGAAAUGUCCACCUUUUCCCGUAAAGGUCGCUUGACGUUAUAACACUCCAUUAAAUGGUUUUCUUAUAUAGUAAAAAAACAAAACAAAGCCAUGAUGUAUAGUAUUCUCCAAGGACAGGGAGGCUUCAGAGGAAACUUCCAGCAUCUACCAGGGGCCUGUACCACAAAGACAAAUGAGAUGUUAUCCAGUUAUCUUCGGGCUUCACUCUGGGUUUCUGGUAUCAUCGAGCUGCCUCGCUUUGUAAGAGAACUUUUCAGAGCAGGUUCAGUCCACUGAGUCACCGCUGAGUCAUGUUUUUCCCCACAAGAUCCUGACCUGCACAAAAACUACAGAGUUUACAAUAAAGGGAAUUUAACAAUACAACUAGAUUGGUGUUAGUAAGCAUUAAUUUCUCUUGUUGAGAUCUGUACUUUACUUAUAACAUUGUUAGAGUAUCACUUAUUCAUAUUUUAUCCCAAUUACCCUAUGGGUAUCUCUGUAUCAUUCUGUCAUAUAACACAUAUAAAAGCACAUUUUCCCAAUCAGCUUCUUACUGCGAGCAAUGGGAUCCUAACAGGAAGAUAAAAAGUUAAAGGUAUUUCACAUGACGGAUGUAACUAUUUCUGUUCUGACAUGUGAUGACCAAACCACAUCCACACAGGUAGACCAGAGAUUUGAGUGUUUUAAACUCAUUAAAGAAUACCUGAAGACGUUUUUUUUUUUUUUUACUUUGAUUGCUGCUUUAGAAUAAAAUAUUUAAUGUCACUCAUGAAUUAAAGCCACGCUGUGCAUUCCAAUAGCCAUACUAUUUAUUAUGCCAGAAGAAAGAUUAAGCAUGUGCCAAUACAUAGGUCGGUUGCAGUGUAUGUUAAAAAAUACCAUGUUCUGAUACAUCCGGUCGCAUUUUACACUAUGCAAGCCGGCAUGCUUUUCUGCUAGUUCUGACCUCACAAUCCUUUGCGUUGCAGUGCAAGAGGGUCAAAGGUCAAGGUGCCAAUAUUAUGUAGACAUAGUAUGUCCAAAUUGAGUGCAAGAAAAAGUUUGUCAAUUUUGAACACAGCUCAAGUUUCCAUGGACUGACUCCUGCUUCUGAUGAUGCGACAGCUUCAUGAUACCGGUUAUCCAGAGGGCCGGACUGAGGUGAACUCACUUCGUGGCACAGACUCACUGCUUAAAUACAACUUUUAUCAUGUGGGUCAGACUGGUGUUCAGUGUAACAAUGACAGAAGAAGUGCCAAAAAGCAGCUUAAAGGACACAGACAUUCAGACGUGGGUGGAGCGACUACAAAGAGGACCUUUCCUUGCACUGUUUGAGGGUCGUCAAAGCCCCGAAACCUCCAACACGUCCACAUAAUAACUGCAUUUUUAACACAGCCGGUGUUUAUAUUGUUUAUUCUUCGUUUGAAUACAGAGGCCAACGCCCUGAUGAUGUAAUUUAGUUCCUAUAUCUAGAGAUGUUCAGGUAUAUCAGAUGUAUGUACGGCGCAUUUACAGCCACUCUUGCCUUUAGACAGCACCUUUUAUAAGUGUAACACAUUUAAUCACAAUCGACAAUCAUGGUGUUUCAUUUUUUUAUUUUUUUCAAACUCACGUACACUUAAUAAUCGGAGCGAGCAAGAGACUUAAGUCUCUGAUGAAAGCAAACAUGAAUGUGAGGUUCUUAACUUUUAACAAGUGUGUGUGUGUGAGUGUGUGUGAGAAAGGGAGGGGCGGGCGUGUUGAGGGUAUUUUCGGAGGAAAUUUUAGUUAAGGGAAUCGGUAACGUCCAUUUUUUAAAGAAAUGUAUGUGAAACGGGGGAAAAAGCUAGUUGGGGAAAGGACGUUUCAGUGUUCGAGCACACCUUUGCCGUGAAAUGUUUGUUGUCCAUAUUCAUUAUGAAACAUAUUCACACACACAAGUUCACAGAGAGGACCGGUAAACUCACACAAGAGGCCUAAAGACAGACGUACUUAACCAAAGACAAAAGCACUCUUGUAUUAAUAAGCUUUUUAUCAGCUAUAUUUUUGUACUUAUUGCAUUUACUUAGUGUGUUGCCUUGUUUGGUAUAUAUAAAAAAUAAAAACUAGAAAAACACGACUCGUAUUACAGCGAUAAUAUAUUGUGGUCUGUUUUCUUGUCGAUCUCUGUAUUAUGUAGUAAUAUAUUUUCACAUGCAGCUAUAGGACAACGUAUGAGACAUUAAAAUAAAGGAAACGUUUGUAUGUUUGAAAAAGACAUUAUGCUAUUUUGUAUGCAAAAAAAUUAAACUGAAAUGAUGUGGUACCUGAA